AUGGAUCCAAGAUCAUAGAACAACUCUGAUAAUUAAAUACAUUGUGAUGGAGAAGAGGAUCAACGUUCUGGAGGAGAUGAAAACGACAAACUUUAAAAUUUUAAACACAAUAUCCACGAAGGAGGUGAGGUAAUACAUGAGAAUGUCAAAAGAAUCGAUAUGAAAAAAACACUAAAUGAUACUACUUUUAUUUUGACUUGCUUAAAAAACCAUUUUGUAUUUUACAAUUUAAGUGAAGCUGAACUAGAGAACAUUGUGAACAAAAUGUUUUAUUGCGAAGCUGCAGCAGGAGCCUAUAUUUUUAAAUAAUAAGACCAUGCAACUUGUUUUUUUAUUUUAUAAAGAGGAAGCUUGGAAGUAAUUGUAAAUGAAAAAGCAAAAAGAGAAUUAAAGACUGGAGAUGGAUUCGGAGAGUUAGCUCUCUUAUAUAAUGCCCCUCGUUCUGCAUCUGUAAAGUGUUUUGAGAACUGUAAUCUUUGGGGAAUUGAUAGAAACACCUUUAGAAGGGCUGUUGAGGAAAUGAUCACAAAAGAAUAUGAAGAAAAUAGAAAAUUCAUGGAAGUAGUUAGAUUUUUUCACAAUUUGACCAAUGAAUAAAAGGAUGCAAUUGCAGCUGUUUUAAUUGUCUAAAAGUUCUAUAAGAAUCAAAUAAUUGUAAAUGAAGGAGAUCCAGGAUCAUCAUUCUAUAUAAUUAAAGAAGGAACCGUUUCCGUAUUGAAGGGUAACAAAGAAGUAAGAAAAUUGUAUAAAGGAGAUUCAUUUGGUGAAUAAGCCUUAUAUUAUAAUACAGUCAGAUAAAUGACUGUCAGAGCUGAAGAUGAUGUGAAGUGCUUGGCUUUGGGAAGAGAUUCCCUUACAAAAAUACUUGGUGAUUAGGUUCACGUUGUUACUUUUAGAAAUCUUUAAAAGUGGGCUUUUGAAAAGAAUGCUUUGUUGAGCAAAUUGACAAAAGCCCAAAUAGACAAAGUGUUGGAUGUGAUGAAAAUCUCAUCAUGUAAAGCAGGAGAUGUAAUUUUGAAAAAGGGAACAUAAGCCAACUAAAAAAUCAUCGUUAUUAUUGAGGGUAGUUUAAAAAAGAGCAAAUCUGGUAUUACUGUAGCAACAAAAGCCUAAGCAUGGGGUGAGGAAUAUUUCUUAUAGACAAAUAAAGCAAAAAUACUUGACGAUGAUAUUGUCAUGGAAACGGAUGGAGUUAUUGCUGAGAUCACUGCAGAUAAUUUUAUUGAUUGCAUAUAAGGAGAGUUGGAAGAGGUGAUUAAAAAAAAUGAAAAAAUUUUAGAGAAGAAGUUAUAGAAGUCUGAUCAAACAAAAAAGAAAGAAGCCUAAAAUAUUAAGAAGUCUGAAUUGCUUCAUAUUAAGACUAUUGCAUAUGGUCAAUUCGGUCCAGUUUAUUUAGUUAAAGCAAAAUAUAAUCAAUAAUUAUAUGUUUUGAAGGCAUUCAAUAAGAAUCAAAUUAAUGAAUAAACGUUAGAAAAGUAAUAUUUAAUGUUAUUUUUAUUGCUGGAGAUAGUGAAUUUCCCGUUUAUUAUUUCUUUCAUGAAAACUUUCAAAGACACCUUGGACGUUUAUUUUCUUUUAGAAUAUGUCAGAGGAAUGGAAUUAUUUGAUGUUAUAAGAGAUAUUGGUUUGUUAUCUACUUAUGAUUCUCAAUUUUACGUUGCUUCCAUGAUUUUGAUCACUGAAUACUUGCAUCACUAAAAUAUUAUUUAUAGAGACAUCAAACCAGAGAACUUUAUGGUUGAUGACAAAGGAUUUCUUAAAUUAAUUGAUUUAGGAACUGCUAAAAUUGUCAAAGGAAAAUAAGGAAUUAUUCGUACUUAUACUAUCAUAGGAACUCCUCAUUACAUGGCUCCCGAGAUUAUCUGUGGUAAGGGUUACAAUUGCUUAGUGGAUUUAUGGUCUAUUGGCAUUUGCUUAUAUGAGUUUAUGUGUGGAAUGGUCCCCUUUGGAGAAGAGGCAGAAGAUCCUUAUGAAAUUUAUGAGGAAAUCAUUAAAAAAGACAUUACCUAUCCAAAUUAUUUGAAAGACAAAAAAGCUAAAAAAUUAAUGGAUUAAUUACUUUCUCGUGUUCCUGAAGUUAGAUUGGGAGGUUCUUACGCUUCCCUUAAAGGAAAUCCUUGGUUUGAAAACUUUGAUUGGGAAAAAUUAUUAGAAAAAGAAAUAAAGACUCCUUAUUUGCCACCUGCAGAUAAAUUAUUACCUGAAUUGGAAAUAAAAUCUUUAGAGUAAAAUGGCAAGAUGAUUGAGGAAGAAAUAAAAUAAGAAUAAAGUGUUAGACAGAUGGAUGGGCAAAAUUAAGGAGAUUAAGGAUGGGAAAAAGAUUUUUGA